AUGUCUAAUGAGAGCCUCACCCCAACAGAUGCCAUGCCGCUGCCUGUAUCAGGGAACGUCACCCAGGCGUCAAGUACUCGUUCAAUACAACACAGUUCUACCAUUCUUUCAAAUGUACCAAGGCUACAAAUGGCGGCGAUUGUUAUUAUUCUUGUUGUCGCAGUAUUCAUUGCCUUUAUGCUGUACAUUCGUGCCGGUGCAAAACGUAAAAAGAGGUUACUGCAAGGCAGUGGUCAAGAGCAUUUGCCUGCGCAUGUGGCGCUAUUCUACACCGUCAAGUUGUCCAAGCAGACGACGUGCGGUACAAAAGGAGUGUCAUAG